AUGUCGGGUGAGCUACCUUCAGCAACCUCAUCCGGCUGGUCGAGAAUCGCUACCGGGCCAUCCAACACCGUGCAGCUAGGAGGAGAUCAGUCGAGUUCAAUGGAUCAAGACGACCAAGUAGCCAAUAGGGCAAUCACCCAAACGCAUGCUCUGGUCGCCAACAUGUCUACCAAUGUGAUCUCUCAAAUGAACCUGGUCUCUUCACAUUUCCUUGAUCGAUGCUUGUCUGCCUACUUCAAUCGGUUCCUGGCAGCGCUGCCCAUCACUCAUCGGGCGACUUUCAAUAUCCGCACGACGAACGCGCCAUUAUUGCUGAGUAUGAUCGCGGUGGGCAGUCUAUGUCUUCAAUCAGACGAUGCAAGACGGCUAGGAGACAGUAUCUGGAGGUUGGCGAACACUGCUGUCAGUUCCAGUUGGCAGGAGCUCAUUAAAAUUAAGGGAGAUUUCGAUUCUUGCCAGGGAUUGGCACUAGUUACCACUGUCCUUCUUGUUCAGAUUUACGCGACUGCUUCUACCGAUCCAGAGCUCAAGAACAGCGCGGUGGUUGCUCAGCCUCUUGGCUUUCGUUGCGCCCGGCUAGCAGGAAUGUUUGAUACUCAAACCCUGACGCAAGCGGAGACUGUCUCAUCAGAAUUUAAGGCAUUAGAAGGUCAAGCCCUCACGGAUAGAUGGUACAAAUGGAGCGCCAGAGAGACACAGCAACGAACUCUUCUUGGUCUAUACCUCAUGGACGCUCAAGUCUGCUCACUGUUUGAUGCUGCCCCAUCGGUUCGACAUACUUUGAGCCAACUCUCACCAGUCUGUACGGACGCCGCAUUCUAUGCUCCUACAGCAGAAGCAUGGCAAAAAGUCAUGGUGGACGAAGAUAGUUUGUAUGGCUCUCCUUAUCGAGGUCCAUUGUCCACCCUCUAUUCCUGCAACCCCUCAAGUGGACCACUGCGCCGUAGCAUUACUUCGGGCUUCACGGUAGCGGCACUUUUGGAUGGGAUAUACUGCUUGGUGGUUGAACAACGGGAUCUCCCACUUUCCUUGAGAAAUGAAGAGAUGUCGUCUUUGAUAGACCGGCUUGAUAGGUUCAGAAACGAUUUUCUACUCAGCGACAAACCAGAAAUUGACAUUCCGGCCCUGGCAAUGAAGUGGCACACAACCAGCAUUUCCCUCUUGGAACUUUGGCUACCAACAGGUAUAGCCUUGAAGGAGAACGCGGAGUCAAUCAAUAAAUGGUUUUCGACACCCCAAGGGAGACGAGCGGUGUUACACGCCAAUGCGAUACGUCAAGUGGUUGAUACAAUGCCAUUCUCCGCCAUCUCGACGCCAAGAAUCCAAACACCAGUGUGCACGUAUCACGCCGGAUACAUAAUGAUGCUUUGGUUGAAAAGUCACAUGUGCGCCAAGGGAGCGGGAAACUGGGAUUUGGACCACGAGGUAGACUGGCAGAGAUUAGGCAGCAUUGGGCAAGUUAUUUCACAGCGAGAUCUGGUCACCGCCGUCGAAGGUGGUGGGCCCGAGACUUUUGUAACCGAAGGCGGGACUACAACCUUACGUGGAAGAAAAUUCGACGCUACCGGUAUAUCUGCUUUAAUCUCAGCUUUGACAACAUUCGGGGGUACUUGGCCUGCGGCACGGACAAUGACGAAUCAGCUGAUAGCGAUGUCGUAUGCAUAG